AGUAAUUCCCAUAGCAGCCCACAACGACCAUUUCCUUCCUUCUUCCCGAGAGUCAUUACAGAAAUAGGACGCACGAGAGAGCAACAGUACCUUCCUCGUCCCGCCGCUCCCCCCUCCACGAAGUGUACAGUUUCUAGAAGGUGGCGUGAGACGGAGCAACUGUCAGCGGACGGGUUAUCACGUUACAAAGUAUAUUUAGACAAGGAGCGCUGGGCCGCAGUUGGCUACUAGAACCUCACGAUUCUUGUCAACAUCGAACUGUCUUAGACUCUGCCCCCCUUUCACCCGCAUUGCCGCUAUCAGAAAAGUGACUUCCAACUCCGCUGGCUUGGGGACAUCCUCCUUGCCCGUCAGCUCUCACCACCGUCGAAAUGGCGACGAGAAGCCGCAAACGGAGAUUCAAUGAUGAGGACAUGCACUAUCCGCCGGCGGAGCUUGCACCUAUCUCUGCACAGAAGAAGCCCAUUGAAGUUAUAGUGGUCCAUUCUCAAUCACCGCCGCCAUACGCGUCUACGUCCUAUCAACAGCCUGCUCGUUAUAACAACCAUGUUUCAGUUGCUGCUGCUGUACCUGGAGAACGGUUCGCUUAUGGGCUCCCCACUUGCUAUACCACAGAUAUGUCCACGGCCAUGCACCCACCGGCCUUUACCACAGAGUUUAUACCAACGUAUCCGCAAUUACCUAUACCAACCGCCGCAUAUCUACCGCCUGUCACUGCCUUUCCACCACCCGCAAAUCACAUCAACAGCGCGUAUUACCACUCAUCCUCACCCGCGGAUAGCUCGCGAAGUUAUCCGACUACAGAAGCAUCCUCAAGACCCAACAGCGCCGGCCGCCGCCUGCCUCCUACAAACUCCUACACCCAACGCGUCACCCGACAGCAUCCCCCAGUAGCUACCGAUUACAUCGACCUAACCAAUUCCCCACCAGGAUCAAUAGGAGUCUCCGCGCCAAAAAGACGAAAGAAAGACAACUACUAUGAACCUCAGCAGCAGCAGCAACCUCAACCCCAACAACCCAUUAUAUCGUAUCCCCCGCAACAGUUCUUGCCACCACCCCCAAGGGUUUCUCCAGUCCGGUACAAUGACGGGCCAUAUUACCGUGAGCAAGAUCUACCUUCAUGUGCAGACAAAGAAGGCCACUUCAUUGUAACAGUGAACAGUGAUCUUACAUCACGAUAUAAAAUCAUGCGGCUUCUGGGGCAGGGGACCUUCGGCAAAGUAGUUGAAGCUUAUGACCGACAGACCAGGCAACGCGUGGCCAUCAAAGUUAUCCGGGCAGUCCAGAAGUAUCGGGAUGCAUCGAAGGUCGAGAUACGAGUCUUGAAUGCGCUGAAAACGCAUGACCCGGAGAAUCGAAAGCGAUGCAUCCAUCUGCAAGAGACUUUUGACUACCGAAAUCAUAUAUGCAUGGUCUUCGAACUACUGAGUCAAAGCGUGUUUGAUUUCUUGAAAGAAAACGCCUUCGCUCCUUUUCCACCAUGGCAGAUCAAAGCGUUUGCUACACAAAUAUUGGAGGCGGUGGCUUUCUUACACGAUUUGGGUUUAGUGCACACUGAUUUGAAGCCUGAAAACCUAAUGCUCGUGGAUAAUCAGACUCGGGUAGUGGGAGGGUCAAGGCGAUCUGCGAAAGCCCGUAAAGAACUACUAUGUACGAGUAUACGGCUUAUCGAUUUCGGGAGCGCUAUUUUUGAAGAGGAUUAUCACAGCUCCGUCGUUAGCACCCGUCAUUAUCGCGCCCCGGAGAUAAUCCUUUGUACUGGAUGGUCCUUCCCGUGCGAUAUGUGGUCGGUCGGGUGUAUUUUGGUUGAGUUUUGCACUGGAGAUGCUUUGUUCCAGACGCAUGACAACCUUGAACAUCUCGCCAUGAUGGAGGCUGUACUUGGAAAGUUUCCUGAGAAGAUUAUUCGUAGCGUAGGAAAAGCCUCUCAAAAAUAUUUCCGAAACAACCGUCUCGACUGGCCAAAUUCAGAAACGCAAAAGCAGAGUAAGCGUUUUGUAAAGAACAUGAAGCCUUUGCGGGACAUCAUUCGACCACAAGACGACAUCAUGGAAUCGUUUUUGGACCUUGUGCAGCAGAUGCUUGUCUAUGAUCCCAGAGAACGGAUAACCGCACGGCAAGCACUACAACAUCAGUUUUUCCGGAUGGACAUACCUGGGGCGUCAUGAACUCGUGAAUAUACGAGAGUCCCGUCAGUAUUUGUGUUUUGGUGGGACGAGUCUCUUUUGGGGCCGUCUUGUGGCGUUCUGGCCGCACCUCCUCUCACUGCUCGUUUCAACUAAUCCAACUCAAGAAGUAGAGCAAAGAGGAAGAGAAAAGUUGUAGCAUAGCAUCCAUACAUUUGCAUAUGUUUCUCGUUUGUCUACAUUUCUGUUUGUCGUAUUAAUAUCGCAAGUCCUGUAGCAUCUUCGUGAAGUACACUGACUUGAUCUGACCCUGCCGCAACCGCCUUAUGCUCAGUGUCUGAUUGCAUGGUGACAAGAUGCUGCAGGGUAGGCCAUGAAAGCCGGUGUUUCUUGAUAAUCAGCGUGUGACAUUGGAUGUCUUAUUUUAUUGUAGAAAUACGAACAUUUCAGAUGGAAUUUUCAAUUUUCUGCACUAUAUAAUCGCGUGUGAGCCAUCCUAACUGUGGAAUGCAGCUGCUGGCGGGGAAAGAAAAUACUAAACGGAGUGGAAUGGAGAUGAAGGACAUGACCCGCCCGUGGGAAUGAUGGAUACCAGAACAACGGCCCCAAUUCGGUUACCAACAAGAAUCCCAGGUACAAGCGAA